ACUGACGGCUGUCCGUGUAUGUUGGGCUGCUCUGUGAUGAUUAUGGGGUCGCUCUGGCCACGGUCUCGAUUGCAGAGUCCACUUCGCAUUUUGAGCGACGCCCCCAAAUUCCGUGCAGAGUGUUUGCAGACCCUCCGGGACGGAGAGGUGGAGGAGGAAUCGGCAGCUUCGCCGUCCAUAUACACCACAAUCACCACGCCAUUAGUUCAUGACUUCAUCAUAUUUUUUGGUAGAAGAGUUUGGACCACAUUCAGAAGCUCUCCAGGACUCUAAGGCUGCUGCAGAGAAUGGGAAUAGGGACACAGGCCAAGGCUUGCCAUUUUGGCUGAAGUAACAGCAGGACAGUUGUCAACCCCGCGUCGGCUUCAAUCCCCUUCUCCCUCACCUCGACAAACACAUACACGCAUACACAAAGACAGACACCCCCACCCAGAGCCACUGCUAUGUCCACCGCGGUAGACAUCGCUGGCCCUUCCUCCCCAGAUCAGGCCCGCAGCAGUGCUAAAAUCCCCAAUGAGCCACUGAGACCCAGCCUUAAGCGCUCCCACCACCCCUACAGCCUCUCCCAUUACAUUUCCACCCCUUCCCCACCGGUGGACGUCAAAGGCCUGAUCCAACCUUCCCCGGCCCAGCAGCCCACCACACAGCCUGCACACACUAAGCCUCGCCGAACCCCCUCCUGGCCUGACAUGUGGGAGUCCCCCAGUGGGCUCCACCUGGCCCACGCAGCAGAGCUGCUGAUGCGCGCCGGGCUGCUGGCUCUCACCCCAGCCACCACAGAGCAGGAUGGCCUGGGUGCACAGAGCAACCAGCCGGCUAAGAGGGACGCUGCAGAGGCAAAGGGGGAGAGGGGGGAUGGAGAGGGAGGUGGGUCCGGACCAGAGGAGGAGGAAGAGGACUCUUCUGGAUGUGGAACCGACUUCCAACCCUUUUUGGGUGCCUGGUUCCCCUUCAGCCCGGCUCUCUUCCCCUUGGCUGGCUUUCAGAUGGGGGGUGGCCACUGGAGAAGUGCAACCAUGGGAGCUGAGGGUAUGGAGGGGCUAGUGGCCGAGGGCUACUCUCCUGGCUCUUUGGGCGGGGGCAGUGGAGGGAGAAGGAAGAGGAAAAGGUGUGGGGAGUGUGUACCUUGUCGGCGUCAGACGAACUGCGAACAGUGCAGCAGCUGCCGCAAUCGCAAGAGGGGACACCAGAUCUGUAAAUACAGAAAGUGUGAGGAGCUGAAGAGGAAGCCUGGAGGUCCUGGGUUUGACAGCAGAGUGUCCGGGUUUGAUCUAAGGGGCUCCGACUUUACUUUGGGUCUGGCACAGGAGAGAAGCAACAGCGCCUUGGAUGGAUAGUAACGUAUGAGGUGACAGCAUUUGUCAGCGGUUCCUGGUUGGAUGAUUGUUGAGAAACUGCAGUAAACAAAACACACAGGACACCAAGAGCUCAGACUUUGAUUCAAAGACCUUCAGAUCAUGUGUUUAGUGAAGAGCUGCAGCUCUGUAUAAGAAUGUCCACACUUGUUCCCAUCCUUUCUUUUGACAAUCAGCAUGGAGAGGAGAGAAAGAAGGAUACCAGUGUGUGUCAAUAUUUAGACGACAACAAAAAUGCUGUAAAUAGACUGUAAAUAUCUGGAAACAUUAUGUCUUUUUUACAUCCCUGUCCAGUUUGGAUUUAUUCUGUUUCAACGUAAAAAAAAAGGAGCCAAAUGUUUUGUUUCUUACGGGGAGUUUUGUUUCUCUUGUUCUGACGUAACUGCAUCAGUAAGAAAUGAAUCUGAUCGGCCAAGGCUAAAUUAUUUCAUGUGCAACUUGUACUGUAUAGCUCUGGAUGCCCUUUUGAAAUAAAAGAAAUUGGCUGUGUA